AUUCCGACCCACCAUCGUGCAUUGGCAGCAGCAUGAGUGCCGUCGGAACACGCUCAUGCUGGCUCGUCAUGUCCUCCUUCGACAGCGCUUGAAACUCCCAGAGCUGCGUCGCGUGUCGACCGUUUCUCCCAAGUCGCGCCGACCUUCGACGAGGACCAGGACCGAGCAGACCAACGAUGGGCUGAACUCCUUCUUUCAUCAUUUCGCGCCACAGCCAGCACCGGAAAUAUCACCUGCUGAGUCCCAGCCGAAGCCUGUCUCGCUCCAGCAGCAUCUCGCACAACUCGCUCGUGCCCGAACAAAGCACCAUGUUGCCGCAGAGACAGAAGGAAAGGUGUUGCCGGAGAGACGAGAAAGAAAGAGAAGAGAGCCAGGCCAGACGAAGACAGCGAAGGGCGGGUCAGCUGCUGCCGUGACAGCAUCGCGCACACGAAAAACGAGGCGCUCGUCCACCACCGCCUCUUCUCCGCCCCGCGUAGCCCUGCGCGCUGAUCAGACCAAGCACCACGAUCUCGCGACCUUUCAAGCAUACGCAGCAGCUCGCAAUCUCAAUCAAGCAUCUACCGUGUUCAGAGGGACAAACUUCGAGUACAUGGUUCGGCAGGCUCUCAGCGCCUACCACUUCGAUUUGCAUCGCACAGGAAAGGCGAACGAUCUUGGCAUAGAUUUGCUCGGCCAGUGGUCGCUCCCUCAGGAUACGGAAGCAGGGAGAGAAUCAGCCGGUGCACGAGUUCUCAGAGUGCUGAUACAAUGUAAGCUCAGCACUGCUCAACCAUGCAAUGUAAGAGAGUUGGAAGGUGCAUAUGUUGGGGCUCCGGCAGGCUGGAGAGGAGAUGGAGUCAUGGCAUUCCUGGUGUCGUCCAAACCAGCUACAGCAGGUGUACGAGCAGCACUCCAACGCAGUCGACUGCCAAUGGGAUUUCUACAAAUCACGGAACAAGGACAGGUCCGGCAGUUCAUCUGGAACACUAUCGCGCAGGGGGCGCGCCUCGUGGGCAUGUCGGCUACCAAUGCGUACGCGUCUGUGUCGUCUCACGCUCCAGAAGGGAGCAUUGCGCUAGUCUAUCAGGGUCGACCGUUCUAAAAGUUCUGUCUCGACCAUUGUAAGGCAGAAAGUCGACAGCACCACAUCAAUUUCACGCCCAAAGACGACCUCAAGUCUGGCCUUUGCAUCCAAUCACUCUCAGAAUCUACUCGUUGGGACUAUCGCCCUCACCUGAUGUUGAAGAUAGUGACCACAGAACCGAUACCGUUUCAUACAAGCACAUAUCCGCGCUGCAAAGCUCUAUCCCCAAAUAGCCGCGCAGCUGUUCAGUAUCUGCUGUCGUCCCAGGGCACAGUCAAGUAUCACGUGUAGUCGAGUGAAACACGAGAACUCGCAUUUUCAUACCUUGGAGCAGGGAAUACCAGGAGGCAACUCCAUAAGCAACGCCGUGGCGAAUAGCGUCCCUCAGGAGCACUGGGACUGCCCAAAGUUCUAGUCCACACUUUUUGCAGUUGCUGUGGCCGGUCUGCGGCA